AUGCCUCUCGACACGUCCACAUACUCCCUCGCGCUUCUGCGCAUUGACGGCCGACGAUGGAACGACCUCCGUCGGCUGCACGCCCAGAUUCACACCCAAGACGCCGCCGACGGAUCGUCAUACCUCGAGAUGGGCCACACAAAGGUCAUGUGCGUGGUGACUGGCCCGGCUGAGCCGCAGGCAGGCCAGCAGAAGAGGGGGACCGGCGGUGGCGGCCAGGCUGGCGGACAGAAGGACGGGGCGAGCAUCGUGGUGAAUGUGGUGGUGGCUGGCUUUUCAAGCGUGGAUCGCAAGAGGAGAGGGAGAAAUGAUAGGCGCAUCCAAGAGAUGGAGAUUACGAUUCAGAAAGCGCUGGCGGCCAACUUACAUGUCCAUCUUUUCUCACACUCGACGAUUACGGUGUCCUUGCAUGUUCUGUCCCAGGACGGCUCGCUCCUGGCUGCGUUGAUCAACGCGACGACGCUUGCGCUCAUCGAUGCGGGCAUCCCCAUGACAGAUUACAUCACGGCCUGUACCGCGGGCUCAACGUCAUCCUAUGCCGCCGGCGAUGAUUCAGCCGAUCCCCUGCUCGACCUGAACACGCAAGAGGAGCAAGAGCUACCUUAUUUGACGGUUGCCACGCUGGGAGAUUCCGACAAGGUUGCGGUGCUGGUGUGCGAGAGCCGUGUUCAGGUGAGCCGGCUGGAGGGCAUGUUGGUGGUGGGCGUGGAUGGGUGUAGACAGGUGAGGAGGCUGCUGGACGGAAUUGUGAGGCAGGAGGGCAGCAAGAUGAUUAAAGAGGGGGCGGUGCAGAGGAGCGAUAUGAUGGCUGUGAGCUUGGAGGAUUAA